AUCAGUAGAAUAUAAAUUAAAAAACAUUUCAAUUAGUAUUGUAAAAACAUGGGUGCAAUUUUUCUGUUUUUCAUUUUUUUGUAUGGAUGCGUAGAUUGUGAUAUCAGACCAAUAACAGUUACAGACCAAACUAUAUUCAAACGAAAUUCAACAGAAAACUGCCCUGUUUUACAACCAUCCUUGGACAACCUGUCACAAGAAGAAUUUGUUUCGAAACUGACUCAAAGUUGUAGAUAUGAUCAAGCAUCUCGACCACCUAGUGAUUUGCCACUGAGAGUCAAUUUCCAAAUUGAUAUGAGACAUAUUGAGAACAUUGAUAACACUCAAUUCAAAACCCAUCUACUAGUCCAAAUAAACUUCAAAGAUGACCGAUUAAAUUUUGCCCAAUUAUCACCAAACAGAGGUGCGAUUUUGGGACAAGAAUCUUUGAAAAACAAACUUUGGAUGCCACAUAUUUAUGUUAAAAAUGAAAAAGCAUCAAAUCUAAUGGGCUUAGACAGAAAAGACGUUUUCCUCAAAAUCGACCCCCAAGGGGACAUAACUUACUCCUACAGAAUGACAACCACAUUUUUUUGUUCGAUGAACCUUAGAAAAUUCCCUUUCGACCAUCAAGUGUGUCAAUUAAUUUGGGCCAGUUGGGUUUAUAACGACUCAAACCUGGAACUUCAAUGGGCCAAAACUCAACCGUACAUUAUAUCGGAACAUUUACAAUUGACUGAAUUUUCUUUGGGAAGUAUAGCGGUAGAAUCUACAAAAACGUCCAAGUUUGAUCCAGCUACAAUAAGCGCUUGGAACCUAGACGAAGGCUACAGUUCCUUAAUUUUCAAGUUUCAACUUAAACGCGAAGCAGGAUAUUAUAUUUUGGAAUAUUUUUUGCCUUCGAUUUUUCUGAUUAUCAUGUCAUGGGUAUCGUUUUGGAUUCAAGCAGAUGCCGCUCCUGCUAGAACAACUUUGGGGACUGCUACAAUGUUGUCUUUUAUUACUUUGAAUGGGAAUCUUUCUAAAAGUCUUCCCAAGGUAUCUUACAUUAAAGCCAGCGAAAUUUGGUUUUUAGGUGGAGCAACGUUUAUUUUUUGUUCUUUGGCUGAAUUUACUUUUGUUAAUGUUAUUUGGAGAAGAAAGAAAAAAGUGGAACUAGCUAAACAAAGCAGUAAAUAUAUAAUAAAAAGCGCUCUUUCUCCAAGACUAGCAAGAAAAGACUUGAGGAAAUCUGAAUCUCUUUCCAGUUUAGAUGCAAAAAAUUCUGGACAUUAUUUAACAAUUCAUGGUUCUUCAAACUCUCUUAAUGUUCCAACAAUAACCACUACUUCUGACGACGGACAAAAUCCAAAUCCAGAUUCUGGAUGUCCCACUCCGACUCAACAGGCUUGGGCCGAAAUGACUCCGCAAGAGGUUGCCAUUUGGAUUGACCGAAAAGCCAGAGUAGUAUUUCCCGUUUUGUUUUUGGUUUAUAAUUUGUUGUAUUGGAGCUUUGUGUAUGCUCUGUAAUAGUUUUCAUGUAUUUAUUAGUAGGUGUAGGGGCAAAGUCGAUAUAGUGUAUGGAUGGAUAGACGCCAGCAAUGAAAUAAAUGAUUUUUCUUGGUAAUUUUAUUAAUUAUAAAUUCCCUAUCAAACAAAAAAUAAAUACUUAAAUUUCAAAAACCCAACAAAAUAAACUAAAAAUAAUAUUGAAUAAUUCAUAUAUAACUAAAUAAAUAUUCUUUGAAAAUAAGUAUCACAAACAAAAAUAAAGAUUGCAGAGAUCAGUCCUAAGACUAAAAAGUCUUGUCAAACAAACAUAAGAUAAUUCUUAUAAAUACUUGAAGGCCACUAAAACAAUUAAUUCCCGAUAAACAAAAAAAAUAUUUCUCAUAAAUCAACCAAAAACCAAAACAAAAUUAAACUUGAAAUCCCCAAAGAAAAUAAUCUAGACUAAGCCUAAUAUAACAAAAUAAAAUAUCACACAAAUAAGAUCAGUCAUAAUUUUAAAAAAAUAUACUUAAUUAUCAUUAUUAUCAAAUCCAUAGAUCGUGUGCAUGUUUUGUACAUGGCUCUCGUACUCCCCAUAAAAUACUUCUGUAAAACAAAUAUCACAGUAUAAUUUGUGUGUAUUGCCAUACAAAUCACGAUUAUCGGUUAAAUAAGACAUAAUAUCAUUAAUACCCUUUUGGUGGUCUGCAUCUGGAACGUUUUGAGGAACUACAUUAUAUUUCU